UUUUAAUUUAAAUGUCCAACAAAUUUAGUUUUACAGUUUAUUUUUACGAAUAGUUUACUGAUUAUUAACUUGACAGUAGCUGUGAUUUAGUUUUAAAAUAUAUUAGCAUUAGUAGUACGUAAAACAACAGAGAAGAAUAAUUUUUGGGGUUUUUGAAGAAAAAAAAACUUUUAGGAAACAAAAAGAAACUGACAGCAGAAUGUCUCAAAAAUUUCAGGGCAAAAUGGACCUAGCAGAAAACUUCACAAAACUGGAAAGGAUUGGCAAGGGAUCAUUUGGUGAGGUGUUCAAGGGCAUCAACAAAAAAACCCAGGAGAUUGUGGCCAUGAAGAUCAUCGAUCUGGAGGAGGCGGAGGAUGAAAUUGAGGACAUACAGCAGGAAAUUAUGGUGCUGUCACAGUGUGACUGUCCGUACAUCACCAAGUACCAUGGAUCUUUUUUGGAGUCGACGAAGUUAUGGAUAAUCAUGGAGUACCUGGGUGGCGGGUCAGUCCUGGACCUCAUGAAGCCAGCCCCCAUCGAGGAGACCUUCAUUGCCAUCAUAUUAAGAGAGGUUCUGAAGGGACUUGAUUAUUUGCACACAGAAGGCAAAAUACAUCGGGACAUUAAAGCCGCCAACAUCCUACUCUCCGAAACUGGUCUCGUGAAGUUGGCAGACUUUGGAGUGGCCGGCCAGAUCAGUGACACCAUCAACAAGAGGAUGACAUUUGUGGGCACGCCAUUCUGGAUGGCACCUGAGGUCAUCAAGCAGAUUCCUUACAACUGCAAGGCAGACAUCUGGAGUCUCGGCAUAACGGCCAUCGAACUGGCUAAAGGUCACCCACCCCAUUCUGACCUCCACCCCAUGAGAGUUCUCUUCAUGAUCCCAAAUAAUGAGCCGCCCCAGUUGGAUGACGAUGAGGGCAAUGCAACAAAAUUCAGUCGAUCUUUUAAAGAUUUUGUAAACUCCUGUCUUAACAAGGACCCACUAAAGCGCCCGACUGCGAAGAGUCUGCUCGAACAGUCCUUCAUAAAGUCAGCGAAGAAGACGGCGAACCUGCGCGAUCUGACGGAUCGGUACAAACGCUGGAAGACGUGCGUAGCGCUCGAUUCAGAGGAUGUUGAUGACGACGACGAUGUUGAACCGCUGGAUGAUGGUGAUGAUGACGGGUUUGUAACAUGA